AUGGAUUUUCAACGUGAUUCAAUUCGUCCAUUAUCAAAUUAUGAAACCUAUCUUGUUGUUAAACAACUUCAUGAAACAAAUAAUGAACGUGAAAAUGGUAAACGUGGAAAAAAAGGACAAAAUCGUACACUUGAACAUUGUAAUUUUGGUUUAAAUACAGUUACAUAUGAAACAUUAAAAUAUCUUGAACAAACACCAUGUAUUGAACAAAAUCCAACUAUUCUACGACAAUUUUAUGCUGAAGUUAAAAAAUUUGAUUUAAAAAAAGUUGAA